AUGCCUUCGGCCCCAUUCACGGGUAAAGAAAUAUCCAGCACGGGAGUCAGCGUCAAAGAAGAGCUCAGCGAAGAUGUCACCGAUGAUACAUGCUUGAAAAUAAAGGAGGAACCACUUGAUUAUGGAGAUGAACCGAGAAAUGAAGUGUGUAACGUGAAUGUAAUACGUGAAAAUCUUUUCCUUCAUAAUCCUCUUGAUCUUAGACAUAAAUCAUAUGCAAAAGACUCAUGUAACUUGGUUCAGGAUUGUAAUGACAUGUCAAAAGUACCAUUUAGGGCUAAGGACUGUGGGAAGACGUGUUCAUCAGAUGGGGUUCAAGUGAUGUACGAGGGAAGACUGAAGGAGGAUACACAACUAAAAUUGGAAUCCACAAGUAAAUGUUUUGCAUGUGAGGUUUGUGGCAAGGAACUGUCUAAAGAGAAUCACAUCAGGAUUCACAUGAGAGUCCACACAAAGGAGAAGCCAUACAACUUUGAUAUUUACAAUAAGACACUACAUCCAAAAGUGAUCUUGAAAGGCACGAGAGUUGUUAAAUUUGCAACAAUGCAUUCUCAUGUAAAAAGAAUCUGUUGA